AUACGUUUCUGUGCUCUCCACGCAGUCGGACGUUUAAAAAUAAACGCGCUCCCCCAAAAAUACCCAACUCGCUGUCCAAAAACAGUUCUGAACCGAUUCGAAUUCCCAUCCGAUCGAAUACAGAAUCCGAAAAUCAGUUCUCCGACUCCAAGGACCGAGAAAAAGCAAAAGUUUCAAAAUGUUCAGCUCGAUUUCAGCCUCGUUGAAGAACUUCGGCGACAAGACCGCCAACCUGUUCAGCAAGAAGAAGGACGAGGCCGAGAAGCUGGCCAGCGAGAAGGCCACCGAGGCCCAGAAGCUAGCCGAGGAGCAGGCCAAGAAGGUGGGCCAGUCGGUGCAGCAGACCAAGGGCGAGGCGGAGCAGCUGGCCGCCAGCACGGCCAAGGAAGCCGCUGCUCUGGCCACCGCGGAGGCCCAGAAGGCCGGCCAGGCGAUCGACCAGGGCGUGAACCGUGCCGCCGGAGCCGUCAACCAGGGCAAGCAGGCGGUGGACAACACGGUGGCGCAGGCGCAAGCCGUGGCCCAGAACUCCAAGCAGGUGGCGGCUAACGUGGCCGAGGCCUCGCAGCGGGCAGCCGCCACGGCGGUGGACCAGACCAAGAAGGCGGCCAACGACGCCAUCAACAAGAGCGUGAAGGCCGCCGAGACGGUGGCGGACCAGAAGCUCAAGCAGGCGGAGGGCGCCAUCGACGGGGCCCUGAAGCAGACCAGCCAGGCGGUGGACCAGAAGCUGCAGGAGGCCAACCAGUACGUCGACCAGAAGCGCCAAUCCGUCGAGAGGAGCGUGCAGGAUGCCGCCGGACAGGCCCAGGAGUCGGCCGGACAGCAGGCCAACGCCCUGCUGGGCAAGCUCCAUCUUGGCCAGAAGUAGAGGGCGGCGUCUAAUAAUAUCUCGAUGUGAAAAUGCUUUAGAAACAAAAACAGAAGGGAAUUUGCUUCAAUGUAACGAGUGCCAGUAAUGUGAUUGCUAAAUCCUCAACUGAAUAUACACGUACACAACAUA